AUGUCGACAGUCGCCGAGCGCGUUCGCAGGGAGUGCUCGAAGCUUCGAGAGUCGGGGCUGCGACUGCCAAUCCUGGCUCUCCAGGAGGCGGCGGACUACCGAAGCUUGCGGGCCGAGAUCCGUGGCCCAAGUGGAAGCCCUUUUGAGGGCCACAGCUUCGGGCUCCAGUUGCACUUUGGGGACGAAUAUCCCUUCCGUCCUCCUGCGAUCCGCUUUGCAUCGCCUAGGCGACUGUUCCAUCCGAAUGUGAACGGUGAAGGAGGCAUCUGCCUCGAUAUCUUGAACGAUCCGACGCUUUGGUCGCCGGCAAUUGGCUUAGAGAAGCUGCUUGUCAGCGUGGCAUCCCUGCUGAGCGAGCCUCGGGUAGAGCACGGCUUGAAUGACGAGGCUCUGGCCUUGCUGCGCUCCGACCCAGAAGCCUUCGAGGAGCGGGCGCGGGCGCGGGCGCGGGCCCGCGCCGAGUCGGAGCCCUUCCCGGCGGUCCCCGCGGCGGUCCCCGCGGCGGUCCCCGCGGUGCCACUGGGAGUUCCUGGCCCCUUGCGGGCACCGGCUGCGACCCCGGCCGCUGUUUUGCCACCAGGAGCUGAUGAGCGGCCCCAGCCGGCUCUAAAGGACGGGUCCGGUGUCUGCGGUCUCCUCCUUGCUGGCCUGGUGCUGGGACUCGCGUAUGCCAUUCGAUCGCAAAGCCUUUGA